AUGAUACAUUGUGGAAUCUGCGGUAAGGCAAAGACAGCAGAUGUGCAGUUUAUUUGCUGUCACUGUAUUAACGGUUCACCAGCCGUACUUUUAAGGGACAAGAUGAAUCUUUUGAUUCUGCGACAGGAAGUUGAGCAGCUUAAAACGGCCGUAGAGGAUCAAUUAGAGACGGGAUUUGCGGGAGAAGGACAGUUAGGGAGACAGCUACAGAAACUAGACAUUUACAACGAGAAGAGAAGGCUGAUAAAGCUACGACAGCGGCUCCAACUAGCUCGGAAUAAAGUGCAGCUGAAACGGAACAAAUACAAUGAGUUACUCCAGAUAAUGUCAACCAAUGGGUACUUGGAAGAAAGCACAUCGGCAACGGAUUCCAUCGACUUGGAGGAGCAAGCAGCCGAGGAAUCGGCCAGCCUCGACACCCUAUCGCACAUACUUGCCAGAAACCAAAAGCAACUGUUCGCCGAGUUGUGUCGGUGGUUUCGCAUCAGAAAGAGCGACGAAGACGACGUUUUCUCAUACACGAUAUGGGGACUCCCCAUGGUGAAUCUCAAAAAUGGGAGCGAGCUGGACCCCAGCAUCAUGGUCUCCUCUAUGCGCUACCUCCAGCAAUACUUGCAGCUGGCGUUCCGAAUCUGGUUGUUUAAGGCAAUAUGCGACAAACCGAUAGAAAAUGACCGCAACAUAAUCGAAAACUUCACACAGCUCAUAUACGACACGCUAGACAUUCUUCGGGCACGCAAGCUCGUCUCCAAAUCCGUCUCUAUCAGAGACAUCCUAAUCAGAUACGAUCUCGACGGAAUGAUCUACCACUUGUCCCAGAACAAGUACCUCUCCUCCCUCGACGACGCCUCAAACUCGUACCCACCCACCAUGCAAAACAUUAAACAGCUCGUGAUGUCAAUGAUACCAUCAAUAUAG